AUGUUAAUCCCUUCUCCGGAUCCAUUUGCCAGCUGUCCCGGAUACUAUCUUCCAGAUUUCGAACCCUUCAAAGCUUGUACAAAUAUUUCUAAUUUCUGCAAUCAUGCUAGAGAUGUUUAUAAUAUCGAAAUGCUCCUGAGAUGGGCAAUUUUUAUAAUUCCAUGUUGCAUGUCAUUUUUUGCAUUAUUUCUUAAUAUUUAUAUAUUUUAUGUGCUUAUCCCUAACUUAAGGAAAAUGAAUGGCAGAUCAAAAAAGAAAUACAUAUUCAUAUUAAGUCGUGCUGUUUCUGCAUCAAUGUCUAUCCUGGCAAUAUUUCUACUUCCAGUUAUUAUAUUUUUGACUCAUUUCAAUUUUUGGGUUAUUGCUCUGUUCAUUAUAUUUGAAAUGCUAAGCUUUUUAUCAUUUAUCGGUGGAAUGGUCGGAACAACACUAACUAUAUAUAUAGCCGUAGUACAUCCAAUGUAUUAUCAACGAGAACUGUCACUUCGAAAGUGUGUUCUAUUAAUUUUAUUAUUGUGGGUUUCAGCGAUUACAGUGGCGAUUAGCUGUGGAAUUGUUGAAGCAGCAUUUAUUGGGAGAAACUCACCGUUUUCCUGUGAUUAUGGAAACUGUGCAGGGCCAGUUCUCAUUUUUGGAAUAGUCUGUAUUGCAACUGCUUUUUCAAUAUGUCUUGUCAUUCAAUUAUAUGUUAUCAUAUCACUAUGGAAAUUGGGAAUACAAUCAACAAAACGAGGUGAUUACUCGAGUACUUCGAAAGCUCUAACUGGAGUUAAACGAAAACUUUUCGCCGGAUUUUUUGUCUUUGCGACUAUGGCAAUUUUUGAGAUAGCAUCUGCUAUAAUUUUAGUAAGAAGUGUUAGUGAACAGACUCAAGAUUUGGACGCCUGUGAUAAGCUUUCCGCCAGUACGUCUCGCCUUCAAUUUGUUAUUUCUUGCGUCGUUUUGACACUUUUAUGGACAAUCGGUUUGUUUUUCGAUCCUAUCUUCACUCUUAUAUUUGACCCAUUAUUUACGGACACAGUAACCCGACACUACUCAAUGAUGCAAUCAAGAAUGUCACGAAGACGACGAGUGUCUGUUAUCAGUGAUGAUUAA